AUGGAGUUUGGUUAUAUAAAGAACAAACCACCGGCGUGCCCCUCCCCCGCCACGUCAGACGCGGCAGUGGGCACCAGCCCCGAGAUCACCACCAAGGGUUUGCAGGAGAAGAAGGAAGUUGAGGGGCCAGAGAAUAGAAGAGAUGCACCUGCCAAUGGAAAUGCUGAUGAGAAAAAUAGGGAGCAGGAGGCUGACAAGGAAGAAGAGGAAGAAGGUGGGGAGGAAGAAGAGGAGGAGGAGGAGGAAGAAGGUGACAGUGAGGAAGAGGACGGAGAUAAAGAUGAGGAAACUGAGGCUCUUACGGGCAAGCGGAUAGCUGAAGACAAUGAGGAUGAUGAUAUUGACACCAAGAAGAAGCAGCAGAUUGAUGAGGAUGACUAG